AUGCGUGUAGAUCCUCCAACCUUUCUUCCUCUUUCCGUUCAGUCUACCGGUGACGUGACGUGCCUAGCAUCGCGCGAUGGUACCGUCACUCGAUUUAGCGGCAACGGCAUCGACUUCAGGCCGGACUGUGCUCACGUGCUCGUCGAGGACUGCGGCGGUGGCAACGAGAAAUUGCGUAUAUCGGCCGUUUGGGAAGAAUGCACGGGUGGAACUCUGCAGUGCAUCGUCAGUGUAGUCAUCGAUGACUCCGAUAUCGGUCGAGUGCUCGUCACCAAGGAUCAUCACGUCUACGUCAACGGUAAACCGACGGAUUUCUUUCCUACCGUCGCUAGGCCUACCGGAAUCAAGUACAAACUGAUAAUAGUUCUCGAUACUUGUGGUGUUCGAAUGGUUGGCGUGAAAAAAGGAUACGACGUGUGUUACAAUGGCUCGACGAGCCACGUGACCGUCGUUCUGCUUACCGAUUCGUUUGUUGGACGGACGUGUGGCCUCUGUGGAUCCAGUCAACGCGUCGAAAGGCUCAUAGCGUCGGAUGCAGGACCGACCUUAUCGAAUUUACCAAACAGACCGACACGACACGGUCAGACGUCUACGUCUACUGCUAAUGAAACUUUCAAGUACAAAUCUUGGCACUGCAACGGUUGUAACGCGCACGGUCCGAGUAAUGCGGUACGAAUAGCUCAACUAACUUGCGGCAAGAGCUUCAAUAGUAAAGAAUUUAUGACGUGCAAGGCAAGUCUCACCAGAAACGAAUUUAACAGACUGGCCAACAGAUGUCAGAACCGCAUGUGCCGUUGUCCGAAUUCUCACAGGCAAGAAUGUUUGUGUAAAGCUCUCUCCGAGUUAGCCGUGGCGUGCGAAAAAGCCAACGUAUCCGUCAGUUGGAGAAACGAGGGUUUCUGUCACGUACCGUGCGGCGACAGGAAAGAAUACAAGGAUUGGGGCUGUUCGAUCACGUGCAAAGACUACGUCAAUGGAAUGCUCCCUUCAAAAUGCCCGGCGGAAAAAUAUACGAGCGGUUGCCACUGCAAGUAUCAGUGGACACUAUUGAGUGGUGACCUGGAAAAAUCGAGAUGCAUACCGCCAUUCUUCUGUCCUUGUCAGACAGAAAGAGGACUCAUCAAGCACGGAGUGUCAAUAGAAGAACAAGAAAGAAAUUGUACGUGCACGUCCGGCUCGUUAAAGUGUAGUCCGCGUAAGUGCACGGCUAACUUUGUUGUCAAAGUCUCACUCGAUGUGUAUCACUUGUCGUUUGCUACAGCUAUUCUGAACGGAUCCAAUCAACUCCUGUACGGUCGUAGAGGUUCUCUCUUUGUCGUACAAUGUCAAACGACCGAAAACCUUCAGACGACCAAAGUCACUCUACGAGAUCCCAAUGGCAACAUCCACGACGGAAACGGUCGAGCACAGGUAGUCAUUCGUGCUCUAGACGUCAAUAACGGCGUCGGCGUGUACAUCUGCACGGCUGUAAACUCAGUCGGUAGCACUAAAGCUCGAAUAGAAGUAAAAUUAGCCGGUGAGUCUGACUGA